UACAUGAAUUGUCUUUCAUGCAGAAAGAAAGCAAUGGUAUAAUGAAAAAUGGAUUUUCAAAAUUCGAAAGCAAAAUCUUCGAAGCUUAAGAAGAAAUAAAUCUGAACACCAAUAGGAAAAUAGCUGAAAUGUCAGAACAGAUCCUACAGCUGACAACAAAGGUUAAUAUAAUUACAGAACUAAUUACAAAAGGAACUGAAUCUCCAAUUACAGGUGAUAACGAACGCACAGAAAGUUCAAUGCAUGGUGUGAAUGUUAACAAUAGUGACGAUCUGUAUGUACAACAAGGAGCAAAACCAAAGAAAAUGCCAGCAGAUAUAAGACAAGCUACCUGUCAUGUUGAAGGAAAAGAAUUAGAUGAACAUUCAGCUGUGCAGUCUUUGUCAGAGGACAAUCAUAAUCUUUCCUCAGACUUGUGCUUUAACAUUAUUUCCGCUGAGCAGAAAUGCCUCCUUCUUCAGUUGGAGGUAUCUUCAAACAUAUUUGAAGACACAGAAUCAUUCCGAAUGGCUUUGAGGGCAUUAAUUUUUCAAAUUGCUCGUGCAGGAAAAAUUAAUAUCAACAAACCAAGUACAAUGACGAUGGAGCUGAUAUUUAAAAAUGACCUCACGAAAGAUGAUAUAAAAGUAAUACAGGCGAUAUCGAACCACUCUGUUUCUCCGCCAAUGAUUGAUGAAAGGCAUAAGUUUCCUGCGAUGCUCACAGUUUUUGUUUGAUACACUGAUUUGUCUAUUUAUUAUUUGUUUGUGAUCCGUGAUCGUGUAUUGGAUCAAACUCUGCUUCUGCUAAGUACAGACAAGUUGCAGUUAUUAUAUACAUUGAAAAUCACAGGCAACGAAAACUUUGUAACAGCUACUUUUAGAGAUGAGGAAUAAGGUAUUGUAGAAUCAGCAAUAUUAUCAAUCAAAAAUCUGUUAAUAAUACAAUACCUGAUUACUUCAAAGAUAACAACACACCUGUCAUUUUAUAUACCUA